GACUGGUUUUGUAUCUCGUAUCUAUGCGGGUUGACUUUCUUCCAGAGGAUUGGCUCUUUCGGGGCUGCGCUCCAUGGCCUCGCCUUCGGCUUUUCUUGGUGCCCCUUUGCCUCAUUUUUCUAAAAUGUAUCCAGCCUGCCCUCAGCUCCAAGACAGGAAUACAAAUACUUGUAACAGUUAAGGACAAAAAUACUGUAGUGAAAUCUACCUCCAUCUGGGUUGUUAGAAAUACAUCAUUUGCUGAGCGUCGUGGCACACGCCUGUAAUCCCAGCACUUGGGAGGCUGAGGCAGGAUUGCCAUGAGUUGAAGGCCAGCCUGAAUAGCCAGGCCCUAUCUGAAAAAAAAAAAAAAAAAAUUUCUUUCACAGCACCUGCAAACAUCUCAGAACCUUUCAACCAAAGAAUAUGUAGAUAAAUGUGCUAACCAAAGUAAAGACAUCAAGAUAGUGGAUUUUAACGUUAGUCAAAGUUAAGGGCAAUGUUCUCUCCUUCCUUGGUCACUUUCCCGGUAGCGGUACUGGGAAUCCUUGCGCUUGUUAGGUAGGCGCGGUGCCACUGAGCUAAAUCCCCAGACCCCCUUGCUCACUUUUUCUUUUCACGCUACGAGACAUGGAGAUUCAACCCAGGGCCUCAGGUCCUGUCUGGCAGUCGAAGUGGGCCCCCUAGGCUACAGCCAGACGCCAGAGCCCUGCACUACAUGAAAAAGCUCUAUAAGACAUAUGCCACCAAGGAAGGGAUCCCUAAGUCCACUAGAAGUCACCUCUACAACACCGUGCGACUCUUCACCCCCCACCCCCCACAGAAGUUCGCUUCCGGAGACCGGGGGACAGGAAUCUUCCCGUCCGCCGACCUGCUGUUUAACUUGGACCGCGUUGCUGCCGUCGAACACUUGCUCAGAUCGGUCUUGCUGUACACGCUCAAUAGCUCCGUUUCUCUUUCCUCCGCUGGUAAAUGUGUGUGCAGCCUGGUGAUGGCAGAGCCGAGGGCUUCCGGCAAGGCUCUCCCUGGAGCUCCCUCCUCCUUCCCCUUCAGCUCCCAGUUGGAACUGAGAAAGAAUUUCAGAUGGAUCGAGAUCGAUGUGACCUCCCUGCUCCAGCCUCUAGUGGCUUCCAACGAGAGAAGCGUCCACAUGUUCGUCAACUUCACCUGCCCGAAGGCCGGGCCGGGGCGCCUGUCCAGCGCGCUGCUCAGCGAGCCGCCCUCCCUCAUCCUCUAUCUGAACGACACCAGCGCCCAGGCCCACCACCGGUGGUACUCCCUCCGCUACGGGAAGCGGUCUCUGCGGGACCCCGGCCAGCGCAGAGGCGUGGCCGCCUGCCCCGCGGGUGAGGGGCCUGCUGAGGGCGGGAGGUCUCCCCGUCCCCGUCCCCGGAGAGGCCGGGAAACCCUCAGCCCUGGACCGCUGGAGUCGCUGCUUCCAGCGUCCUUCACCCCGAGCCAACACUUCAAACGGUUUCUUUUCCCCCACGACGAGUGUGAGCUCCUCGACUUCAGACUUAGCUUCAGGCAGCUCAGGUGGGACCACUGGAUAGUGGCCCCGCAGAGGUACAACCCUCGGUUCUGUAAAGGGGGCUGUCCGCGGGCAGUGCGGCACCGCUACGGCUCCCCGCUCCACACCGUGGUGCAGAACAUCAUCUACGAGAAGCUGGACGCGUCGGUGCCGCGGCCGUCCUGUGUGCCCGCCGCCUACAACCCCCUGAGCGUGCUGACCAUCGAACCCGACGCCUCCAUCGCCUACAAGGAGUACGAGAACAUGAUAGCCACGCGGUGCACCUGUCGCUGACCUAUGCGCCCCGAACCAAAGCCGGAGCGCUCGGCAACGUAAGUGUCCCACCCGUGCCCCCGGGGACGCUGUCAGAUCUCUAACUGCCUUGCACACUGAGGAGGUCCAGCAGUCCUGUGGCAUCUGUCAGUGAAUGGAGGCAACCAGUGGUUGUGUGGUUGCUACAUUUCCAAACUUGAAACGUAAUUACUUUGGAGAGCUUAAUUUUUUUUCCCCUUGAGCAGUGUUUUUCUUUUCACACAAGUCUUAUUUUGGAUGGGAAAAUGUCUUAGCAUAGAUCUUGGAGUUGCAGUUACAAAUUUCGAGUGCUGAGGUCUUCUGUAACUGAAAAAUAAAUUCCUGUCAAUGGCA